UCUGUUGAACCAGAGCCAUUGUCCUCAGACAGUAGACAGAGCACAGCAUCAAGGCCAUCUCAGGGCCUCCAGCUUCAAGCCUCCAGCCUGAUCGCGGUCAAACAAAACAAGCUAGAACCGGGAAGACACCAGACACCCCCCAAAAUGGCCAUCACCAUCCCCGACGAAUACGGCUACGUCCUCCUCGCCGCCAGCUCGACCUUCAUUGUCAGCUUCUUCCAUAGCGGCCUGACCUCCCGCAAGCGCAGGGCGGCCGGCAUCAAGUACCCCAUCACCUACGCGUCGCCGGAGCAGGCAGAGAAGGACCCCAAGGCAUUUGCCUUCAACUGCGCCCAGCGCGCCCACGCCAACUUCAUGGAGAACCACACCUCGGCACUCGCCGCCAUGCUCAUCUCGGGCCUGAAGUACCCCGUCUACGCCGCCGGCCUGGGCGCCGUCUGGUCCGUCAGCCGCGUGUUUUACGCCCUGGGCUAUGUGAACAGGGGCCCGCAGGGGCGGGAGGCUGGCGCCGCGGUUGGGGCGCUGGCUAACCUGACGCUCGUGGGCAUGGCGGUGUAUACUGGCCUGGGGGCUGCGCUGAAGUGGUGAGGAGAGGGUAUGUGAAUGAGAGAGUGAGGUGUGGUGGCGUUUGGGAAGGAGAUGUGAGGGUUAAUAAAAGCUAAUUGUCACCGUUACCUUUUCUCCGUUUCUCUGCUGCUAAGAUUGUCUGUAUAU